UUCUCCAUUCCACUUUUAUGAAAACUCAAUUCGUCCGAUUUCAAAUUAUCUGAGUCUUUCAAACACAUUUUUCCAUUCCGUUGGGAAAAUCACAGACAAUAAACAAAAACCCUCUCUCUCUCUCUCUCUCUCUCUCUCUCUACAUUGCCUUCUUGCAAAAAAUCUCUUCUAUUCCAUUGCGUUGAGGAUUAGGGCUCUAAUUUGAUUUUGAAGGGAUCGGAGGUGGGGAUGGAGAAUUUGGAGACCAAGAGCUUAGAUUCAUCUCAAUGCGUCCGUGUAGCCGUUAAUAUUCGGCCGUUGAUUACAUCUGAGCUUUUACUAGGAUGUACAGAUUGUAUCUCUGUUGUUCCGGGUGAACCUCAGGUGCAAAUUGGCUCGCAUGCAUUUACUUAUGAUUAUGUGUAUGGUAAUACGGGUUCGCCUUCUUCUGCGAUUUACAAUGACUGUGUUGCGCCACUUGUUGAUGCUCUGUUUCAUGGGUACAAUGCCACAGUACUUGCAUACGGCCAGACUGGUUCUGGAAAAACGUAUACAAUGGGGACCAAUUAUAGUGGUGAAGGAAGUAAUGGUGGAAUCAUACCCAAAGUAAUGGAAAAUAUCUUCCGAAAAGUUGAGACCAUGAAAGACAAUACCGAAUUCCUGAUUAGGGUAUCAUUUAUCGAGAUAUUCAAGGAAGAGGUAUUUGAUUUACUGGAUUCAAAUUCAACCGCUUCCUCAAAAAAUGAAGGGGCAACUAAUGUGAAGCCUGCUGUGCCUGCAAGAGUUCCUAUACAAAUUAGAGAAACAGUAAACGGAGGGAUAACACUAGCUGGUGUGACUGAGGCAGAGAUUAGGACGAAAGAAGAGAUGGCAUCGUAUCUAACUCGUGGUUCUUUGUCUCGUGCAACUGGGAGUACGAACAUGAAUAGUCAAUCAAGUCGUUCUCAUGCUAUUUUCACAAUAACCAUGGAACAAAAAAAGAUUGCUCAUUCCUGGAAUGGAGCAGCUAAUGAUGAUAUUGGUGAUGAUAUCCUUUGUGCAAAACUUCACUUAGUGGACUUAGCAGGUUCAGAGCGAGCAAAACGAACAGGGGCUGAUGGGAUGCGUUUUAAGGAAGGCAUCCAUAUCAAUAAGGGUUUACUGGCCCUUGGCAAUGUAAUAAGUGCUUUGGGAGAUGAGAAAAAACGAAAAGAAGGUGGCCAUGUUCCCUAUCGUGAUAGCAAGUUAACACGCUUGUUACAGGAUUCUCUUGGAGGCAACAGCAAAACUGUGAUGAUUGCUUGUGUUAGUCCUGCUGACACAAAUGCUGAGGAGACCUUAAAUACUUUGAAGUAUGCAAACCGUGCUCGCAACAUCCAAAACAAAGCAGUAAUCAAUCGUGACCCAGUGGCAGCCCAAUUGCAAAGGAUGCGGAGCCAAAUUGAGCAGUUGCAAGCUGAGCUUCUCUUUUAUCGUGGUGAUGCCAGUGCACCAUAUGAGGAACUUCAGAUCCUUAAACACAAAGUUAGUCUACUUGAAGCAAGCAAUUCAGAGUUGCAGCGGGAACUCCAAGAACGUCAAGUCACUUGCAAGCAUUUAACACAACGUGCUCUUGACGCACAGGUUGAAAAAGACAAGCUGGUUAUGAAAAUAGAAUUAGCCCGAAAUGGAAAAUCUUGGGAUGAGGUUGACUCCAAUCUAGACCAGGACUGUGAUUUGUUAAAAACUUAUGUAGCAAAAAUUCAUGAUUUAGAAGGAGAAGUAUUACGCUUGAAAAAUUUGAGUUCAAAACGUAGUCGAGUUGUUGAUUGCCUUGACUCAGAUGAUGAUGACUUUCGCCCAAAGAGCACAUUGUUUCCAUGUACCAGUGAGUAUUCAUCUGAUUACGAUUUGAAAGCCGGUGACAUAUCAGAUGAGAUAGCUGAUGAUGAAAAGGAGCAAGAGCAUUCUUCUGUUCAAGAAAAGUUGGAUAGGGAGCUCAAGGAAUUGGACAAAAGACUUGAACAGAAGGAGGCGGAAAUGAAACGAUUUACAAAUGUUGAUACUUCAGUUCUGAAACAACAUUAUGAGAAGAAACUUCAGGAUUUGGAACUAGAGAAGAGAGCUCUACAGAAAGAAAUUGAUGAGCUGCGACAAAAUCUUGCAAAUAUCUCAUCUACUUCUGAUGAUGGUGCUCAAAAAUUGAAGGAAGAUUAUCUACAAAAGUUGAAUGUCCUCGAAGCACAGGUUUCCGAGUUGAAGAAGAAACAAGAUGCUCAAGCUCAACUUUUGAGACAAAAACAAAAAAGUGAUGAGGCAUCAAGACGACUACAAGAUGAGAUUCAGAGAAUAAAGUCCCAGAAGGUUCAAUUGCAACACAAGAUUAAGCAAGAGUCUGAGCAAUUUAGGUUAUGGAAAGCAUCAAGGGAAAAAGAAGUCCUGCAGCUUAAGAAAGAGGGAAGAAGAAAUGAGUAUGAGAUGCAUAAGCUAUUAGCUUUAAAUCAGAGGCAAAAAAUGGUUUUACAACGAAAGACAGAAGAAGCUUCUAUGGCUACAAAAAGGCUGAAAGAGCUUCUGGAAUCUCGAAAGGCUUCACGUGAAACUUCUGGUACUGGAAAUGGCAACGGUGCUGGAAUUCAGGCUUUGAUGCAGGUGAUUGAGCAUGAACUCGAAGUCACUGUACGUGUACAUGAAGUGCGCUCUGAGUAUGAGCGUCAGAUGGAAGAACGAGCUAGGAUGGCCAAGGAGGUUUCCAAGCUUAAGGAAGAAACAGAAAUGUUAAAACAAAUUAAAUCAAGUGACUGUCCCCAAACAAUGUCUCCUGGAGCAAGAAAUUCCCGGGUUUUUGCACUUGAAAACAUGCUUGCCACUUCAUCUAGCACCCUAGUUUCUAUGGCAUCACAAUUAUCAGAAGCAGAAGAGCGUGAACGGGGUUUUAGUGGCAGGGGACGUUGGAACCAAGUUCGUUCUCUUGCUGAUGCAAAGAAUUUGAUGAAUUAUCUGUUCAAUUUAGCAUCUACCUCCAGGUGCUUGUUACGAGAUAAGGAAGUACUCUGCAGAGAGAAGGAUUCAGAAAUUAGAGAUUUGAAAGAAAAAGUAGUGAGUCUAAGUAGUUUGCUUAGAAAAUCAGAAAUGCAGAAGGGAGAGCUUAUUCAUCAGAUGAAAUCUCAGAAUUCAGCGUUGAAAAAAUACUCCAUGGCAAGUGCAACAGAUUCCAAGGAUUCUAGUCUAAAUAUUGGAGGACACAAGUAUGACUUGCGCAAGCAGGACCAUCGGAGCUCAUUCAUCCUAUUGGAGGACAUGGAUACAUCUGACUCAGAAAAUUCAGAUGUGGAUGCAGCUGAUGACGAUUGGGUAGCUGAUGAAUUGGAUGCAGCUGACGAUGACUCGGUAGUGAAAGGAAAACGGAGAAUGAGGAAAAGAGUUUCCAAAUCUGGAUCUAGUGUGGGAUCAGAUCCAUCCAACACUAUUGAUAUUGGAGGCUUAAAAAUUGACGAUUCAGGUGAUGAAACAGUUGCUGUUAGUGGGGAGACUCCAGCAAGUAUCUGCUGCUCUUGCAGCAAAUACUCCUCAUGCAAAACAACUAAAUGUCAAUGUCGAUCAGCUGGGGGGUUUUGUGGGGCAUCUUGUGGUUGUGUGCCUACAAAGUGUGCCAACAGGGAGUUGGAUGAAUCACUGCAACCACAGGGUGCUGAAGGAAUUGUUAAUGGUUCAGCGAGUGAUGAAACAAAGGAUGGGCUUCUUGUUUCUCAUGGUGCAAUGUUACUUCACAGUGCUUUGGUUGAUAAGCCUGUGGAGACAAAUGAUGAUGGUGGAACAAAAAGAAAGCCUCUUUCUGACAUUGGUAACACAGUGACCAAACCAAAUGCACCAAAGCCUAAUCAGAGAAAGAAAUGGCGAAAAACUACUGUUCAGCUAGUUACAAAUCCCCCACCAUCUUUGCAGCUAGAAAACAAUGAAAUCCCGAAGGAGCCAGAUAAUAGGGCAAAUGAUGCUGAAAUUCCAGUAAUACCAUUGAGGACCACGCGAUCUGUCACCCCAAAUCAAGCUGCUCAGGAGCCAGACAGUAUAGUAAACGAAGCUCAUAUACCAGUGAAAUUACCCAGGGCCAUGAGAUCUGCCACAUCAAAUGGAGGCAAUCCAUUCAGAGAUAGAAAUGCCGAAAAACCAGAUGAAUUAAGUGUAGACAAGGAUGCUGGGUUUAUUGCCUCUAGAAGUCCUGCCCAGAAUAAAAGAACAUCCGACGAGAAGGAGAACUUUGGCCUAUAAUUAUGGUAGAUUGGUUUAAGUGAGUUGCUCACUCAUUGUGCACAACAGCCAUGUUUGCAUUUUGGUUGAUUUUGUCUGCUGCUGAGCAAAACAAGAAAUUUGAAUACAUCUCUCGCGUAGAGAACAAUACAGCACCUGGAUUCAUCUUUUUUCUUUCUAAAUUUGUCUGUGUCCUUUUUUGGUGAAUAGAAAGACAACCAUAUUGUGAAUUUCAUAGUCUACAUGUAGAUUUAUUAAUUGUUGGCUGCCAUUGAGGGGAUA